AUGCAAUUUUUCACCGCUAUCUCGGGAUUAGUCGCCCUCAGCUCCGGAGUAACUGCUUUGAGCGUCACUUCUCCUUCCGGAAGUUCGUACUGGGUUCAGUUUUCUACCAACACCAUUGCUUGGGCGCUUUCUUCAGGAGAUCCUACCUCUGUCUCCAUUCAAAUCGUCAACCCAACCAACAAGCAGUUCAACGGUCCCUUUUCGAUUGCUGAAUAUGUUCCAGCCGCGAAGAUGUCCUACGAUGUUACCAACGUGCAGCUCAUUGUUGGCGAUGGAUACCAAGUCCAGUUUGUCAGCCCGUUGAACAACACACAAGUAUUAGCGACCUCUGCCCCCUUUUCGGUUAAAGUCAGCGGAACUCCUGAAGCACAAGUCACUUACGCCCCAGGAACUCACGACUCCGCCAGCAACUCCAGCUCGAACAGCACCUCGUCCUCCAACUCAACCAGUUCCCACCCUGACAUCAACGGCAACAGCUUCAAGAACAACGGUACCGCCAAUGCUAACGCCAAGUCAGCCUCUGUUCGGGCCGCUGCUGUGCCAUCAAUGGCUGUUUUCGCCAUCGGCUCGUUGAUGGCUUUGAUCGCUUGA